CAUUUUUGAAUUUUCUUUUGUUUUUGUUUUGCAAUCAUGUUUGUUAGACAACAUUUGAUGAUUUUCAAAGUUUUUCAUAUAAACAAAGCAUUCAGUUCUUCUUAUUCUUCCGUUGUAUCACACAAUCAAGUGAUAGAAUCAAAUGGUCGAGUUUUCGUAAAGGAUAAAUAUCGACGAUUCAUUGAUCAGAUACGUAUAACUGUCACUGGCGGUGCCGGUGGUAAUGGUUAUCCAAAAUAUCAAGGACUUGGUGGAAACGGUGGCAAUGUUUGCCUGGUGGCUAACGCUGAUGUGAAAUUGAAUGAUUUAAAAAAAUCGAAUGUUAGAUUCUGUGCUGAGGAUGGUCAACAUAGUUCUCGCAAUUCUAUAAUCGGUCAGGACGGUAAAGAUCUUGAGAUUAAAGUACCGGUGGGCAUCUCUGUCAUUUCGGAUGAAUAUAAAAAAGAAAUUGCUCAUCUUGACAAACCCGGCGACAAAUGUAUUGUUGCUUUUGGUGGCCGUGGUGGCGACAAAAUUAAUUCCUAUUGUGGCACGAAUGGACAAAAACUAGCCAUUAAAUUAGAUUUAAAAUUAUUAGCCGAUAUAGGUCUAGUAGGUUAUCCUAAUGCCGGCAAAUCAACACUGUUAAGAGCAUUAUCACGUGCAUCACCUAAAAUUGCCAGCUAUCCAUUCACAACAAUUCAACCGAAUCUUGGUGUAAUCGAAUAUGAUCCACCCAAAACCGUACAACCAUAUAAUGAUUGGUCAAAAGUCAAAGAUAAAUCUAAAUUUUAUGAACAAGAUUAUCGUCGAAUAACGGUUGCCGAUCUACCCGGUCUGAUUGAUGGUGCGCAUCGUAACAUUGGGUUAGGCCAUAAAUUCCUAAAGCAUAUUAUGCGAACAAACUUAUUGUUAUUUAUCGUUGAUAUUGAUGGAUUUCGUAAUACAGGUGGCCGUUAUUUUCAUGAUUCAUGGUGUUCACAUGAACCAUUCGAAGUAAUACAAUCAUUAAUCAAUGAAAUUGAUCUUUAUGAUAACGAUAUACUUGAACAAAAGCCAUCGAUUUUGGUUGUAAGUAAAUUGGAUACUUUUGAAAAACGUGAUCAAUUCAAUAGAUUCGUAGAGAUUUUACAACAAACGAAUAUCGAUAUACCUUCUGUGAUGGAUAGACAAAAUGUCAUAAAAAGCAGUGAUGAUGAUCAAAUGUCAUCGAUGAAUGUGAAUGUUCAACAUGACAGCAACAACAACCAACAACAUGAAUCUACAAUUGAACAUCAUAUGAUUGAAGGAUUUAAUGAUGCCAAUGAUGAUGAAAAUGAUAAUGAUGCAUUAAUCAUUGAUCAUCAUCCACCAAAUCCAACAGGAUAUAGAUUCGAUAAAAUAAUUGGUAUAUCUGCCGUUACUGGAUAUAAUAUUGAUCAAUUAAAAGGAUUGAUUCGUAAAUUGAUCGACCUGAAUGCUGAGAAUAAUGAACAACAACAAUAUGGAAAAGUUUCUCAUAGGCAAAGAUAAGAGAUUAUUUUUUUCAAAAAUUGUAAAUUUUAUAUAUUAUAAUCAUCAUUGUGUGAUUUUCAUUGUCAAGGUUUUCCAUUACCCCAAAUUCAAUAAAAUAAAUUUUUUUUUGUCAUUUUAUGACAUUGAUGAUGACAUAUUUUUGACCAUGAAAAUGUAUAGAAAAUUUAAAAUCGACAU